AUGGGACAAGCAACUUCUUCACCAAAGUCACUCUCAUUUUUUCGUAAAGAUCCUGUAUCAAAUGAAUAUGAAGAUAUUUCAAAUAAAUUUACAAAGGCAACUGUGUCUACAUUAGCCGUGCCUGUCAUUAUUGUCGCUUAUCCAGUUUUAAAUGCUUACACUUUUCAUGAUUUAGAUAUUACUGGAUUUAAAAUUGUAGAUGGUGCUAUUGGAGGUUUAUUAGGUGUUAUUGGAUGGCCAUUGGCACCAUUUAUGGCAGUUUGGGGUGCACUUUGUAUGAAUUUUAAGGAAAGACCUUCUUUACCAUUACGAAUAAAAUCAGACAUUUUACAAAAGGCAGAACAAGAAAUCAAAUUGAAUACCACCUUAUUUUAUAAUAUUGCUAUUGUAGGAUGUUCAGGAACGGGAAAGAGCUCUAUUGUGAAUGCUAUUCGGGGAUAUAAAGAUACACAUCCUAAAGCAUCCAAAGUAGGAGAAGUUGAAACAACAGCAGUACCUAUACACUAUAUACAUCCGGAUUUAGCAUCUAUGGCUAUUUGGGAUAUGCCAGGUGUAGGCACAAAAAGUCAUUCUAGAGAUACUUAUUUUGAUGAUAAUUUUUUAUGUGCCUUUGAUUUAUUAGUUAUAGUAGUUGGUAAUAGGUAA